AUGACAAAGCAGCGCACUAUGCUGCUCGUCCUUUUCUUUCUGGUUUUCUUUUUGAGUUUCAUGGAGCACCUAUCCUUAGGGGACAAGCUUAUCUUGUCGCAACUCUACACAAUGGAUGAAGAGGCGCCUGGUAUGCUGACCAAACCAAAAUCUUACGAUACAAGUGUUUUGGGGCUUGGGCAAAGGCGGUCCUAUUCUACUCACUAUUGUCUAGGCCCCAGACGAAUUGAGGCAGAGCAAAUUCUAGACGUUGAUAUGUUCCGAUCAUGUCACUUCACCGACGUAUGUUUUGCCCCCAAUGGACACCCCUUGGGAACUCGCACCAAUAGCAAACGACAUGGCUUCAGCUUGCUAUACAUUACACGCGAUGAGCCUGAUGGUCCAGAGAAAGAACUUCAUAAUAAUCCUGAGCUACUCAAGACAAUCAUCAGGCCACAGUCUGAAGGGAAAGGGCCAAAGCGUGGAAAUGUCCAACCUGUUCACUACUUGAUACCCCAAAUCGUCAACCAAUCGACUGCUACCUUGUACCAGAAGCAUUGGUCACCAAUCACAGUGGCCAUCCCAUUUAAAUUUCAUCAAUGCACUAAUUUCGGACAUGCAUUGGGUGACAAUGUCUUCCCCGUUUUCCGCAUCCUCAAGAACUUUGGAUUGUACCAUCCAGCGCUCCGAUUUCUUCCGAUUCGGUUGGAUUGUGCGAAUCGAGAUACCUGUGAUGGUGACAAAUGCAAAAUGGUGUCACAACUGAUGGAUCCGUUCCUUCGACGAGGUGAAAUAGAACCACCGUAUCAUGUAAAUGGGCUCUUCAAUGUCUACUACAAGACGGCGAUGAAACUUUCCGCGGAAGAACAUCAACAAAUGAAACAAAAUAAAUCGAUACCUCUUUUGUGCUUUGAAAAUGUGCUUUCUGGCAUGUAUUACUACCCUGACCAUGGGGAGGAUCGGACUUCGCAUGGAAACCGAGAAAACGAAGCAGGUUCCAACAUUCUUCAUACUGGUUCAGGCGACAAGUUUCUUGAAUUUCGAAAUCAAUAUAUGAUACGUUUGGGCGUUGACCCCGGUCGACACCUGACAAAUGGGGCAUGUCAGGCUGCGGGACAGACUCCUUCGAUCAUCAUACUAGCUCGGCGACCCGAAUCUCAUGGGGGAAAUGGGUGGUACGAAGAAAAUCUGGUUGAAGAACUUGAGAAGACUCUGCCGAAUGAGAAAGUCACAAUAGUCGAUUAUUCGAUCCAUGAUAUCAAAGCACAGAUCGGCAUGGCUUCUACUGCCAAAAUCCUCGUAUCCAUGGGUGGUGGGGCGAGCUAUCUGGCUUUUUUUCUUGCUCCAGGAACGUCAGCGCUCUUGCUGAAGCGACGAUGCAAAGUGCAUGACAGCUUUCUCUUUGACAACAUUCCCUAUAUCCGAAAAGAGUACUUCGAUGCAAGUAACUGUACGUCCGAUCUAGAAGUUUUUGAUUAUGUUGAAAUGGCUAAAAGUGUUCGACGUUCGAUCCAACAUUACAACCGCCGAUUCUGUUAA